AUGCCUGAAGCAACUGCUCGCCCCACAUCUAUCUACGUUUCCCCAUCUUACAAUUCAAAAUAUUCCCAUUCUCAGACUGUUUACACCUCAUCACCCACCUCUUUUACCCGCCCCACCUCUACCAUCCACGAAGUUCCCAAGCCUACAUCACCUUCUACAUCACGUCUUCAGUCUUCAGCCUUAUCUCGGCCAAGCACGAUCUAUACAUCUGCCAACAUUGCGCAGUCGUUCAAGGUAAUCCGUCGUCAAAGAACUCGGAAAUCUAACUCUUCUCGUCGUGACACCCGCAACGUCUUGAACCAAACUCUCGAUAAUUUCUACAACAUUUUACGACGCACUAAAACCGAUCAAACUGUGAAGAGUGCUAAGACUUGGGUCAACGAGUAUGAGAACUAUCGGAAAUCAGUGAUAUACGAAGAGAAGGAAUACGAAAGGUUCCAAUCGAGUAUGAUGAUGGACGAUGAUGAUAGUUCCUUAUAUAGGAAUUCGGUAUAUGACCGUUCAUACGGUGCUUCAUUGGGCGUGACAGAGAAGAGAGUUAACAGUGCCUCGGCAAUCAAUGGACGCAGGCAAAUGAGUAAGAACAGUGUGGGAGUCGAAGGGUAUAAAAUCAACGAGCCGCUCUAUUCAAAUUAUUUCUGA